CGGUGGUGGUGGUGCUACCGGCCCUGGUCCUCCAGUAUCCCGUCAGGCUGCGGGGUGGGAAGAUGGCGGCGUCCAUAGGCAGGCUCCUGUGGGCAGUGGAGAAACCCCGGUGGAGCGCUAACCGGCAGGUUUGCCAAGGCCUGGAAACACUGCUUAGCCCUGUAAAGCUGUGCGCCUCUGCUACCAUCAUUACCGUGAGAACCAAGAAGAGGCAUUAUGUUCCUCCACGUAAACAGGACAGCUCUGUUGAUCAGGAGAAAGCAGCUCGAGCUGCAGGACUGGUGAUUCGGCAGCAGUACAUGGAGCGGUCCAUUAACAUAUCAUGUACAGCGGGAAUAUUUGAUCCAUACAUUCCACCUGAAGGCGAUGCUCGCAUGUCCUCCCUAACAAAGGCAGGAUUUAAACAACGUGCAGAGCAGAUCAAGCAAAGUGCGACAUCGCAACUUGCUGUCCGAAAGGUGAAAGAACACGAUGAAGAAUUCAACACAAAGGGCUUUGCCUUGAAGGCCCAAGAUAUUUACAUAGAAGCACACAACUGCCUUGUGAAUUUCGACAAAGUAACACUUCACAAGCUGGUAACAGAGCGCUGUUACCCAGAUAUGGUGCGUGGAAACAGGUACAAGACUAUCCGCUGGAAGUUUCUGCAGUCGCUAGAAGCACCGAGGCUUGUGCACGUCCGAUGCCCUGAUAUGGUCAGCAAAGGGAACCUGUACGGUCAGGUUACCAUCCGAUUCCACACCCAACAGAAUUUGGCGAUCUAUGACCGAUUUGGUCGGCUGAUGUAUGGCAACGAAGAUCUACCGAAAGAUGUCCUUGAGUAUGUGGUGUUUGAAAGACAUUUAAUUAAUCCCUAUGGUUUAUGGAGAAUGCAUGGAAAGAUAGUACCUGCUUGGGCUCCUCCCAAAGAGCCUAUCAUUAAGACCAUUAUGAUUCCUGGACCCAAACUUGAGCCAUGGGAAGAGAUCAAGGUGAAAAAUAUUGAGAUUCCCAAACCUGAAUCCGUACAGUGGAACAAGUGAGGAACUGUGCAGAAAGUGAAAAUUGUGUUCGAGCUUUGCUGUUUGCACUGGGACGUCAUGAUUCAUUCAUUACAGUGGGCACGAAUUUCUACACACCAUCCUUUGAUUACCAGCUUAGUCUGUCUAUAGACUGGACAAUGCCAAUCUCCCUCCAAUAAGAGUUAACAUGUCGGAACACAUCAGUUUUCCUUCAAACCCAGAACCAUUUAAACCCGGAAUCAACAGCUGAAUGCUCUUACUCGUUCUAAUCUUACAGCAGACUCCUUUCGUUUUUUUAUUAUCCUGAAUGUUUAUUUCUGAUCAGUUCCCCCAACUCCGUAUGUCACAACUACUGAAAGCCUGGUUUAAUUUGAGAUGCACACAGAGGUUUCAUUUUAAAACUGUAGUGAGCGCUGUCUUAACCUGUCAUUAUACCAAGAGCAGAAAUCUUAUGCCCAUUCAUCAAUGUUGCAUUAAACACAUAUAAGGGGAAUGGCUCCAGUAUCUUCAAAGAACAUGGAAUUCAUCCCAUGUUAGUGAUUCUAGACUGUUUUUCACUGCAUCCCAUGUAGAUAAAUCAAUACCCAGGAAUGAGUGGCAAAGUUGUAGCUUAAUGGACCAAGUUUGAAGGGGUCAUAUCUCUUGGAGGUGUCGAGUGGUUUACAGGAAAUUUAAUUGAACUUUGAGUUCAGAUGUCAGCCUUGCAACUUACUUCCUAGGAAUGAGUUCCAGGUAGAAUGAAGGGAUCUAAUUUGUGAAUGUGAUGGUACUUAAAUUCCUUUGGUUUGUAGAACUCUGGUUCAGAGUUCAAGGUUUGCUGUUUCCAUUUGUUAAUAAAAUCAAAAUCUACGUGUUGUCUGUGUAUGUGAGAGAGCAAGAUUUAAUGCAUUUGAGUAUUAGUAUUAGCUGUGACGUAGAGCGAUGAGACUGGGAUUUGAGUUCCUAUGUAGUGAAUUUCCAACUUAGCAGCCAGAGACCUUGUGCUUCCCCAUGGAGGAGGAGGAGGGUGGAUGAGCUAGUAGGCGGUUGGAAUCAGCAUCAAUAGAUGCCUGGGAGAAUUUUCUUACCCAUUGUUAGGGGGCACUGAACUGAAAGAAUUUGCACCUACAACAUACCUUGACUCAAAGCACCUCUUAGCCAAUGAAGUACUCUUUGUGUAUUCGCUGAUGUAAUGUAGGAAAUGCUGCAGCCAAUUUUGCACUCCGCAAACUCCCACAAACAGCAAUGUUAUAAUGAGCAGACAAUCUGUUUUGCUGAUGUGGUUAAGGAUAAAUAUUAGCCAGGUAACUGGGGAAAAGCUCCCCUGCUGUUAGACAAUAAUACCAUGGCUUAUUUUUACAUGCACUUGAGAGUACAGUGCAAGCACUCGCUCAGUACUGCACUGGAAUGAUCUGUUUGGAGGCAGAGAGAAAGUGUGAAAUUCCAUUGUGACAAAAUUUGAACCAUUUUCAAUGUUAAGGUCAUAUUGAUGACUGUAAAAUGUGGGAUAGAUCUGUCAUGCACACCAAUGUACAAACUGCUGCAUCAUUAUAUGCCUUUGGAUGUUUCCAAAUUGGUGUCAUACUUGUGUAUUCUGGCCAAUUUUGCACCCUUUCUUUGUAGGUGCCAUUUGCCAUUCACUGGCUGAGAUGGUCAGUAGACAAGUAACCCAGUCCUAAGUUGCUGCCAUUUCUGCUCUUGAACCAUUGGCCGGGAAGUGACAAGUGUUAACCCACCCUUAAUUAGUCCUUAAUGUGCGUGCUGAGUGAUGUUAAAAUCAUCUUUCUGAUGGAGUUUGAUAUUGGAAACUCUCUUAGGCAGCUAGUGUUUUUCUAAAUUUAUACUUUUAGGUUAAGUUUAAUACUCAUGAAGAUGUAGGAUGCUAGUGUAUAAAAUGGAAGUGUUUCCUUUUCCAACACGCUAGCAUGAAGCAUUCUCAGGUCUUAUCACACAAGCCAGAUACUGAGUAAAGCUUUUUCUAACACAACAAUGUGCUAGUGAGUGUGAAUUCCAUUCCUCAUUCUUGUAUAAGGCAUUCUGGUUGACUGAGUGACUGCUGUUGAAUUAUGAACAUUUUAUGCAGUUCACAAGGAUGUGGGUUACCCCAAACUCCAUCAUCCCAAAACUUUUACUGACUUUCAUCCCACCGCUCUGGCAGCAAUUCAAACCAAAAAUCCAGCAGUACAAAGGGAGGCAUAGAAAUUCAUUUAUAUUGCCCCUUUCAUGUUCUUGAUGUCCCAAAGUGGUCUACAGCGGCCAUAUUAUUUUGAAGUGUGGUCACUGUUGUUUGUUAUAAAGAUGGGAUAGUGGCCAAGACACCAGAUCUUUUAUGCCAAACUGAACAGGCAGGCAGGACUUGGCUUAAUCUUUUGCCUGGAAGACAGCACCUCUGACAAUGCAGCACUGCCUCAAAAAUAUAUUGAUGCAUCAGUAUUAAUUGAAGAUCACGUUUGGUGAUCUCAACUCCCAGUACCCAGCCACUACUGUAUUCGAACCACAACUUGUAACAAGAUUUGUUUUGCUUAAGAUGAUUUUUAUAUUUCCUUUGUUUCAGUGCCUUAAGAUUAGUUGGCAGCUCCAACUGACUGUUGAUUCUGGUUAUUCUAUUCAUUAAGGGCAAAAUCACUCAAAGACAUUUAAAAAAAAAAUUAAUUUACUUCGUUAUAUCUUAUAGGCUGAUAUCUGGAAAGUUUUAGGAACAUUUAAGAUUCAGGGGGUGCUGGUACUUGAAGUGAGAAACAUCCUGGCUGCCAGAAUUUAUUCAAUAUACCAUCUGUUUUCAAUCUGUUGGAGGAAUAUAACUGAGCCUGUUAAUCAACACAUCUUAACAAUGAGGGCUUGGAUUUAUUUAACGCCUUGAAUGUCGUAAAAUGUCCCAAGGUGUUUCACAGGAGUGUCACCAAACAAAAUAUGACACCAAGGCACAUAAAGCAGAUGACCCAAAGUUUGGUGAAAGAGAUAGGCGGAAAGAAGCACCUUAGGGAGGAGGGGGUUAGGGCGGAAAUUCAGAUCUUAGGAUUGUGGUUGCUGAAGCCACGGCCGCCAAUAGUGGAACGAUUAGAUUUGGGGGUGUGUAAGAGACCAGGGUUGCGAGAGUUCUCCAAGAGUUGUAGGGCUGCAGGAAGAGCAAGGCCAUGGGGGGGAUAUGAGCCAUUUUAAAAUUGAGGUGUUACUGGAUUAGAGGACAAUGUUGAUUUGAGAGCACAGGGGUGAUAGGUGAACAGGACUUGGUAAGAGUUAGGAUGUGGCAACAGAGUUUUGGAUGGGAGUUUGAGCUUAAGGUGGAAAAUGGGAGGUCAGCCAAUAGGUAACAAAGGCUUUCAGCAGCAGGUGAACUGAAACGAGAUGGAGUUAGACAAUGUUAUGGAAUUGGAAGGAGGCAGUUUUGGGAAUGGGGUGUAUAUGUGGUCAGAUACAACAAAGGUGUUACAAACCAUCUGUUCAGCCUCAGACAGUUGCGAGGAAGUUAUGAAAUAGUCUUUGCCAAAGAAAAUAUUUUUAAGUAAAUUGGAGAAUCAACUGGAGCAUAAGAAAAUGACAAAAUAAUAAUCCAUCAACCAUAA